AUGCACUUCUCCUCCUCUUCCUCCUUCUUCCUCAUCUUACUCACUACGGUCCCGCUGGCAUUGGGUAUUCAGGCGGAGACGGCAAUGGGCACCAGGAUCGCUGAUAGGGUUAUAGAGGCUAGCAAGAAGAAGUCGGAGGAGCUCCUCAAUGAGGUUCACGAACAGAUUAAGUCGCUGACCAGCGACUUGGACCAAAGCACGGCAGAGCAGAAGAAGGACUUGGACUUGUUGAAGCAGGAUGAGGACUAUCAGGAUAAGGCCCUUGAGCAUACGGAGUCCAGGCUUAACGAUAUUGCCAAUGAGAAAAUUACACUUCCCGACUCGGUGAUGAGCAGCUUUAUGCAGAACAAGGCUGGUCAAGGGGAUAUCUUCGCACCUUUGAGGAGGGCCGCUGAGAAGGCUAGGGAAUUCGCCGAGAAGCUGAUGAACAGCUCGGUCGCUUUCGCUCGCUCGGCUGGAGGGCAUCCAGGCGAAGGGAAGAACUCCUCAUCUUUCCUCGAGGCCAAGGAUGUGGGGUACUUCCUUGGUGAUGCUGGUUCCCUAGGGACCGAGGAUGCUGAUACGGAUGCUGCUGAGAGGGGCCUUAGCUUGGCUCAGGAUGGGGUAGGUCCAUGGAGGAGAAGUGACCACUUAUUGUUGAUGGCAGAUCGCCAAGCUUGA